AUGUCAAGCCGGCGAGGUGUUGGUUUAGGUGCCUUCACAAACAAGAAUCAGACAUCUCAAUCCUAUGCUUCUCAUGGCUCUCAGCUCAAGUCCUCGAAUGCUGCUUCUCUCCAAACACAGCUCUCUGUUUUCCAGUCUGUUCUUCACACAUUUGCCCUUGAACAUGCCGCGGACAUUAAAUCGAACCCGACCUUUCGCGCUGAGUUUGCGCGUAUGUGCAAUGCCAUCGGCGUAGAUCCCCUAGCAGCCAGCAAUGUUAAAGGCAAGAAACCGAAGAGCCUGUGGGCGAGAGUACUGGGCAAUGAUGUCAAUGACUUCUACUUCGAGGUUGCUGUCCGGAUUGUUGAGCUUUGCCGCGCUACAAGGACAGAGAAUGGUGGACUACUUGGAGUGACGGAAUGCUGCCAGAUGGUGGCGAAGGGCAAGGCGAUUGGUGGUGGCCUUCAAAUCACCGAGGACGAUAUCCUAAGGGCCGUGAAAUCUCUAGAGCCGCUCGGAUCAGGUUUCAAUGUCAUUAGCAUUGGAAGCAAGCAGUAUAUACGGUCAAUCCCGAAGGAGCUGAAUACCGAUCAGUCAAAAGUGCUAGAAGUGCUGCAAAUUCUAGGCUUUGUAACCAUCUCCAUGCUCCAGAUAAAUCUACAAUGGGAAGAGGCAAGAGCUACUACUGUUGUUGAAGACUUGGUCGCAGAUUCGUUGGUCUGGGUUGAUGUUCAAGCAGAGGAGACCGAAUACUGGUCGCCUCAAAAUCUAUUGGGCGAUCGGGGUUGA